ACCUACUCCUUCCUGCACAACGCAUUAUAAAGCUGAUCGAGAGAAGCAAUUUGGCUCAUUAUUAUACCUUAGGAGCUUUCCACAUACCUGACCCUGUGAAAUACGAGUGGAGCACAUUUGGUGGAUAUAUUAAAAAGUCUACAGCGUCUGAAGACAGUUGGAGAUUUAAGGCUUACGGAAUAAACACUCACUUUAGCUAUCCGAUCUAUAUCAUACUUUCAUCAUGCCGCAACGGAAACUUCCAAAAGAAGUUCAAGCAAUGUUUGACAAAUACACCCAGAAAAACAUCCGUCGGUUGAAAAAAGAACAAGCCAUAACAAUGCUUACAACUGAAUUUGGGCUUACUGCUGAACAAGCGGAAAAUAUGUUCAAAACGUUCGAUUCUGACGGUAACGGCAGUCUUAGCAUGUGGGAGUUCCAGCAAUUCUAUACGAUAGUCGGAUCCAGUGUCGGAGAGUUACUGGCAAAAUUCAAUGAGAUGGACAAAGAUGGAAGCGGGGCAAUAGACCCAGAAGAGGCAAGGGCAGGGUUCAAGAGUCUGAUGACCAAAACUGGCCGUAACUUGACCGAGAAAGAGGUGGACUUUUUCAUCAAGACGACAUCAAGUGAGGAUGGGCAGGUGGACAUUGGAAAAUUUGGACAUUUGUUGUACCGUCUCAAAUUCUUCGAGGGUGCACCUUCCGAAACUCAAAAGUUGAAAAAGGCCGCAAAAGAGGCUGAAGAAGAAGAAGCCAAGGCAUAAAAAGACCAAAUAUUUCCAGCUUUUCAUUUCCUUCCUAUGUAUCUAGUAGUUUCCCUUCUGUAAAAAAUAUAAUAUAUUAUUUAAGAAUUUUACCUACUGCGCCUUUAAAACGUUGCAUCGCUUUUUCAUCAUAUUCAAAUUUUAUCAUUAAAAUUGUAUAUAAGUACAACGGCAGAAUCCUGCUGCAACGAAGCUUCAGUAACGUAGCCUUGGUUCAUUAGCUGUGCAAUGAAGUCUGUUCCAGGGAUUGAAAAGAGCAAAGAAAAUAUGCGCAGGGAGAUAUUGUAACAGUGCAGAAGCACAUGAGUGAGGAAAUAUUUUCCUCCUUAUUGUCUGCAUUACUUGAGACAGUAUUGCUAAAUUCUGUCGGGUGAAAGAUAAUUUACGAAAUAUGUGUAUAUAAAUCAUUAUAAAAUUGUGCGUUUAAAUAUAAAUUAAAUUAUAAGCUAAAGAUAUUAAUCACAUAUUCUUUCAAAAUGUUAUUGUUAAACUUAAAAUAGAAAUAGCAAGUUUACAUGAGGAUUCUUGAGACGCUGAUUAAUAUCUUCUUUUUCCACGAGAAUUACAUUUUCUCUUUUUAGCAACUACAGUUGCCUCGUGCGUAGAAUACAUUUGGACGUAUUGUUGAACAUAACCUUGAAACUACUGCCUUGAAAUUGCCUACAUUUAUUCUUUUUUUAUAACUAUCCACAUCUAGAUUACAAAUGUAUACUUAAGACAUCAUAUAAAUGAUAAUGAAACAGAGAAGCACAAUGUUUUAUGUCAAAAAAUCAACAGACGGAAAACUUGACUAUCUCUGUAUACGAGAGAGGAAAAAAAAUCUUCAAAUCUCUUCCCUUUCAUUCCAAAACAUCUCGUGGCAUAUUUCUUAAGAAAAAACUUGCUCCAUGUUAUUAUGCAAUAGAAAAUUUGAGAAUUUUUCGAAGCUUUGUUUUUUAACAUUUGUAAGUAACAACAUUUUCUGUUGUCAAAUAAUAUUUAUUUGCAACACUUUUUAUACUUUUGAAAUAAAUUAAUAAAUCAUAUAGAGUAGUUCUUUAUUGCUUUAUUGCUUUAAUAAUACAGUAUUGGCAAGCACUGUGACUGUCAUUAAUAAUAAUAAUAAUAAUGGCAAGAUGUCAUGGCUGAUAUUGUAAACAGAAGAAAGAAGAGUAACAAAAAAUGUAAACCUUAUAAAAAUUUUCAAGCCAAUUUUUCUACUUAUUACCUUGCAAAACAAACAGCAGACUUGUUUAUUAAAAGUUCAGUGCAUCAAUCUAAUACUGUAACAUGUGGCAAAUGAAUAUAUAGCACUAUGCCCUCCCAAUCCCCAUGUAAAAUUCACAAUAUGUCUUCAGCAAUAACAAAUUAUAAAAGCAUGAUGUUGAGAUUAAUCUUUGUUGAUAAAUGUUUAAUUUUCAAUACUCCACAUGUUCCAGAAUCCUGGAAGUUCUUUAUUACAACUUGAAUAGUUCUUCAAUCUCCCAUUCCAUACAACAUUGUUUUGACACGCCUUCUUGUCUGAAUUCUUCAGUUAAAUCCAUAUCAAACAAACAUUCACUACCAUCUACUUUAGUAAGUAGUAUAUGAUUAUUUAUCAUGAUUAUAACAAUUUCAAUAUCUGUCUUACUGGUGUUUGCAUUCACAUCAGUUCCUCUUCUUUCAAUAAAUCUUGUACAACAAAAAAGGAGGUCGGUUUUACUACAAAAGUAAGGUUUUGUUUGCAUAUAGCAGUAAAUUUACAGUUCUUUUUAAUAAAAUCAAAGCAAUUACCAAUCUUGAGCAAAUAAAACUGCAGCACUGGUUGUUCAACUUAUGCUGGUUUUUCAAUUAUCCAAAGUAACACUUCAUUAAUCUAUAUAACAUGAAAAAUGUAUUACCAUUCCCCAGCAUAACUAUCCUGAUUCCAGG